CUGGGAGCGAAUGGGGUGUCAUAUGUCCCACACUUGCAUCGAGCCGUGAAUGCAGCCAAACUUUUACCGAAGAAAAGUGAGACUUUCCGGUUUGAUUUCAAUCAGUGAGGUAAAUUAAAGUUUGUUUGUUGUCAGAGUGUUUUACAGUGAUGGUGUAGCUUCAUGCUCUGCAGCAGAGAGACGGUUUUCUUUCGGUGCUGACAGGUUUGUGGAGCUCGGUGUGAUUCACGGUGGUGUUCACGGGCUGUUUGCGGCACCAGGAGUCGGUUGAAGCGGACAAAUGUCUGAGUGUGAGCAGAGAGGAAACACGGAGCAGCAGACGUCGAGGUCGGAGCAUGAACCAAACGGAAGCUUGGUGAACCCCAGAGCGGUGUGUAACGUGUGUAGACGGUUGUACCGGGACCCUAAGAUCCUGCCGUGUCUGCACACCUUCUGCUCGGACUGUAUCAGCCAGCUGGAGCCGUUCUCGGUGUCUGCACGGAGUCACCGGGACGGACCGGAGGGCAGCAGGGGGGGCGGUGAGGGGGCGGAGGAGGACCGACCCGCCGUCACCGUGACGGUGCUGUGCCCAGACUGUGACUCCGAGGUGGAUAUCCCUCCGUCGGGACCGGGAGGGUUGAGCACCGACCACCUGGCGCUGGAUGAGGUGUUCCUGGAGACCCUGGUGACUGACGGCCCGCUGGGAUGCGACCUGUGCGGCGAAGGAGGCGCCGAGAGCCGCUGCGAGGUCUGCUGCGUCAACCUGUGCGAGUUCUGCUGCCAGGCACACAGGUGGAGUCCAGCUGGUUAUAUUCUAGUUUUAAGUGACCAAGUACAUUCCCCUCUAUUCUGUUAUCUUCCACACAGGCGGCAGAAGCGAACAGCGUCUCACUCUCUUCAGUGUCUGGAGGAGCUGAAGUCUCGUGGUCGUCUGAGCCGCCCCGUCCUCUGCUCCCUCCACCCCGGCCAGGAGCUGCGGCUCUUCUGUCAGCCCUGCGACCUGCCCGUCUGCCUGGAGUGCGCCACCCUGCUGCACCGUGACCACCGCUGCCGCCCCACACGUGAUGUUAUUGAUCGUCACGGAGACCGCAUCCGAGAGCUGGUGGCGGUGCACCUGCGACCUCGCAUGGAGCGUCUGAGGGACUCACUGCAGAAGGUAGAAACAUCCCAGGAGACUUUGCAGGCACGGGUGGAUGCAACAGCCAAUGAGGUGAGGGCGUUUGCACGAGCCUACGCCAGCGCUGUGGAAGCCCACUGCCUGUCUCUGCUGCACGGCCUGGAGGAGCUCCGUGUCCAACGCAGGAACCAGCUCCACCUGCAGAAGGCGCAGCUGCAGCAGGCUCUGUUGGAUGUCGGUGGAGGUGUGGAGUUUGCGGAGAGACUUCUGAGCUGCGGCUCAGACGCUGAGAUCCUAAGCGCUAAAGGAGUGACCCUGAGAAGACUGACCAGCCUGGUGGAGAACAGCUACGACCCCCACCCGGCAACCGUUGCCCCUGACAACGGCAGUGGCAUCAGCUUCUUGCCCAGGGAGCCAGCAGGGGAGGUGGACGGCUACCCGGUGGUCGGGGUGAUCAACUCGAAGACAGUGGACCUCAGCAAGUGCACCAUCGAAGGGGAAGGUCUGCAGAAGGGCAAGGAGGGUCAGCAGAGCCACUUCACCCUGGUGUGCCGAGACUCAGCUGGGGAGCAGGUGACGCGAGGUGGAGAGCAUGUCCUGGUCAGCAUCGUUCACAAGGAGAAGAAAAGCUGCACAGUGGAGACGAGCGUGGUCGACAACAGUGAUGGAUCCUACAGAGUGUCAUACACACCUGAGGAGCCAGGAACCUACUCAGUGUGGGUUUGUGUCAAAGCUCAACAUGUCAAGGGUUCUCCGUUUGUUCUGAGCGUGAAGAGGAAGUUCAGGCGUCACAGCGGGACGUUUCACUGCUGCUCCUUCUGCUCCAGCGGAGGAGCCAAAGAGGCUCGCUGUGGCUGCGCAGGAACCAUGCCAGGAGGAUUUAAGGGUUGCGGUCACGGUCAUAAAGGACACCCCGGGAAGCCCCACUGGUCCUGUUGUGGCAGCACCGUGGAGCAGUCCGAGUGUUUGCCUCAGAGCGUGCUGGCGGCAGUCUCGCCCCGCGGCCACCUGCGGACCGUGGAGCUCUGAGGCGACGCAGAGACGAGACCCGUCCAGAUGAUGCAAGUUAAUAACGGACGGCGGCAACCAAAAGGUCAGAGCGGCGGGGGAGUAAGCUCGUUGGUGUAAAUCUUGGAAAAGGUCAGACAAAGUGAAGCUCUAAAGACACAGCGACUGAGGCAGGACGUCAAAGUCGCUGUGUCUCGGGAGUGAUCACCUCUGCCAGACGUGCAGCAGCCAGCUCACCAUUAGAGACAAACACCAAAGCUGUGGCUCUGAAUCUGUUGUAAAGUGCCUUUGUGUCUAAGCUCUGCCUGCCUGUGACAAGAUAGAGGAUGAAAUGCCCCAAUCACAGCAGCCUGAAUCACAUGUGUUAAAAGCCUUGCUGAAGGGCACCUUAAAGAAGAGAUAGUGCUGCUUCCUUAUUGUUACACUUUUCUGUCCCCGGCUAUCUGCUGCUCUUAAAGCAGAUUCUUUUUUUAACCUUGAAGCUGCUGUCAAUUUCAAAGGUGCUGAAAUCCGUGUUUUAUAUCUUAAAUAUAAAACUCAUUUAAAUGGAAACCUUAAGGAUCACCAGACGGUUGAACUUGAAUACUUUUGUGUUUUUUAUAUGCUUCAGUCAAGAAGAUAUCUUGAAAUAUAGUGCCUCAAAAACGAUCAUGAUAUCGAAAGAUAAGAAAAAUAAUUGACAAUAUAGCUACAAGCAGCACUUCCAGGGUUUCCCGCCACAGUUAAAACUUCUGCUGCCAUGUUUUGAUUUCCUAUUUUUGGACUUGGACCAUUCUUUAGGUGCGCUCUUGGAAUAUAUAUAUUGUUUGGUUAUUCAUUUGCUCCACAGAUGGAGCAGUUGAACGUGAAACUCAAUUUCAGUGCACUGGAUCUACAGUUUGUUUUCACUCACAAACAGCUGCUCCUUUCAUCCAUCGAUCUGAUGCGAUCAGAUCUACUGAUCAGUUAUGCACCGCACAAGUCAAAAUCAAAACUCCACAAACUGCAGCUGAGGAAGAAAGAAAGAAGUCCUGCCUGUGCUGCGUUCAUGGACCUGCAAAAACCUGCAAAUCAAAUCACCAACCAUGUUAUUACUGGAUCAGAUUGUGACCUUGUAAUCAUGUCUCUUUGAUUUAUAUGUUUUUCAAAUCUUCAGCUAUAGUUUUUAUCGUUUAGUUUCUGACCCUUUAUUUUGUCUGAAAUAUAUUUAAAAUAGUGUAAUGUAAUGUAGGCUAUGGCCGAAGUGAUGAAUGAAUGGACAACACUGAGUAAAACGUUAUUGUGUUAUCUUAGCAACAGUCACAUAUACGUGCAUUAAUACCACUGCAUCCACUGGAUUAAAAUGGAGGCUCAGCCUUUUAUUAACCUGUUGCCAUGGUGAAUCGUAGUAUCGGAGCAUCAUCCACCAUGCAUAUGCUCAAGUCACAGCUGAUUGGACUAAUUCUGAUCAGCUGUUCUGGAACCAAAAACUCAGUUUUCCAUCUUGGUUUGUCAAGUCAGAGUUUGUUGAACCUGUUCUGAGUACUAAGAAAUAUAUUUUAGGGCUGCCCCCUAAUAGUCGACCAAACGUUACCAGAAAGGUCAUUAGUUGGCAAGAUUUCAUUGGUUGCUUAGUCGCAGGAAAAAACAAACAUGAAACUCUAUCAGGAGCUGCACCUUGUCAAAAUAAAUCAAACUAUAUAUGACUGGACCAUGUGUGAAUUUAAUUUGAAAGGACAGUCACAGUAAGUGUCCACGCUCAGCAGUCAGACAGGAGUCAGGUUAAUCUCCAGGGCUGGUACCUGCGGUUAUUCCACAGGCUAGUUAAUAACAUGUCGGGCAGGAAAUCCAAAGUGUGGGAUCAUUUUGAGAAGGUGAAGGACGAACCCAAGGUGAUAUGUAAACUCAUCUUCAUUGGUCGACUACAAACAUGACGUAUCAUCUGAAACAUGGAAGUAGCUACAUGCCCAUUAGCCCACAGCGUCAUUAACAGGUGGCUCGCUCAGUGUGUGACGUGCACUUGGAGAUAAAAUAUACUGUUCCAUGAUACUGUAGGUUAAUUGUGUGUACAGUUUGUAUUAGUACUAACUUGGUAGAUUAUGGGUCGAUCCCCCAAUUUUUCCUAAUAUAUACCAGGUCUUCUUUAUGCUAACUUCAGGUAAUUGCUUUUUUUAACAACAGUUACAUAUUCUUGAGUAAAAACGUGGUAUUUUUUUUUGUGCUGUAUAGAAAGAUUAAAAACACGUACUUACUUUUUUAUUUGCAUAUAAUAAACACUGGCAUAUAAUAUCAAAAAAACAUAUUUACUUCACCUAUUAUUAUUAUUAUUAUUAUAUUAUUUAAAGAUAUAAACUACAGGUGGGAACAUCUGGUUAUACAGUAGACAACAAUUUAUACUUAGUGAAACACAAUGCAGUGAUUUUACUCCAUUUAUAAGUCGAUGCCUGUUUUGUGGUGCCACACAUUGUUUCCAAACACCAGGACAAAUUAAUUCCCAUGUUCCCUGUUUGUGAAUAUUCCUGUUCGCAUAUAUACACAACAGAAAGGAGCAUAAAUCAGCUCCUCCUGAAUACGACCUGAAUCAAGACAGAAGCACUGAGCUGGAAUACAACGUGCCUGUAAACUCGAAACAUUCAUUAUAUUCUGUUCAUAAUGUGAAACACACUCAUACUGUUUGUUUUGCUCCGUGCAUGUAAAGAUUUAACAUGUCAGCUGCGUGCUUAUUCAUGUUUUUAAUGAGGAGAAAGUCCGUUAAAUGUGCACAGAAUGGGGUUUUUCCUUCAGUCUCAUUAGCACCCCGACUCCACCGUGCCUCCUGGUGAGGAGGGCUUUAUCUGGGAAACACUGUGACCUAGAAGGUGCAGUCAGCCUCGUCUUUGAAUACAAAGUCGUUCCUCUCCAGAGGCUGUGUCGCAGCACUGACUUAAAACCACAAACGUGGAGCUCAUAAUGAGCCACUUAAUGCCUUUGUGUAUUUUCUGUAUUCUGAAUAUGAAUUAUCUCGAGUGUGAGUGCAGAUACGUGUGUUUUUUACUGCUGAUGGUACAGAUGAGUAGACCUAUGCAAAUACUUGAGGAGACAUGAGGAUUAAUCUUUGAUUUGUGGUCCAAGAUCGAGCCAAGAAUCGAUAUGCUGCUGUUCAAAUUGUCACAUUCAUCCAGGUAGUAUUUUACUCUGCUUGACUACUUUUUACUGAAACAUUUGAGCCUGUACAAUCAAAAUAAAAUCACUUAUUUCUCAGUUUUCACACUCUGCCUCAUUCCUUGAUGGGACUGUAUCAACAGGUGGCUAGUGCUUAUUUCUCAUUCAUGCUCUCCUGAAAUAAAAAGGUGCCUUACAAGCAGCUUCUGCAGUGAUGUGGGUGCUGCGCCAUUGUGGUGAAGAGGGAGCUGAGCUAGAAGGCAAAGCUUUCGAUGUACUGGUCCAUCUACGUCCCAACCUUCACCUAUGGUCAUGAGCUCUGGGUAGUGACCAAAAGAAUGAGACCACGGAUACAAGCAGCUGAAAUGAGUUUCCUCCGUGGGAUGGCUGGGCUCAGCUUUAGAGAUAGGGUGAGGAGCUCGGACAUCCAGAGGGAGCUCGGAGUAGAGCCGCUGCUCCUUUGCGCAGAAAGGGGUCAGUUGAGGUGGUUCGGCAUCUGAUCAGGAUGCCUCCUGUUAGAGGUGUUCUGGGCACGUCCCACUGGUGGGAGGCCCCGGGGCAGACCCAGAACACGCUGGAGGGAUUACAUAUCUCAUCUGGCCUGGGAAUGUCUUGGGGUCCCCCAGGAGGAGCUGGAAAGCGUUGCUGGGAAGAGGGACGUCUGGGGUGCUUUGUGUGGCUCACUGCCACCACGACUCGGUUCGGAUAAGAGGAUGAAAAUGGAUGGAUGGAUGUAGGCACAUACUUGUUGAAAUGAUCCAAGGGGGUCUUCCUGGUCUUCCGACCGCUUAGAGUGCGUUUCAUGCUACCAUACAAGGUGCCACCUGCUCAUCGGUUGAACAUUCACAACAGUAGCACAGCCGUCAGGAGCAAUUUGGGGUUCAGCUGGAGUUCAGUAUCUUGCCCAAGGAUACUUCGACACGCGGCUCUUCGGAUUAGUGAACGACCCGGUCUGCUUUCUGAGCUGCAGCUGCCCACAAACAUGUCAGCCCUUAGUUUGAAAUGAAUACUCUGCUCAGGUUGG